UUCUAUGGGUCUCUAUGGGGCGCUAUGGGGCUCUGUGUGUCUCUAUGGGGUUUCUAUGGGUCCCCACGCGUCCCCCCGGUGUCGCCGCGUUUCCCGGCGCCGUCCCGCCGUUCAUUAAAGCCGUUUCUGACCCCCGCCGCCUCCCGCCUGCGUCGCUCGCCGCCCGUGACGUCACACGGCGCCCGCGACGCAGCUCGAUGACGUCACGCGUCGCCGCCGGACCUCGCCGCGCUCUGUUGCCGGGCAACCGCCGCCAUCUUGCCUCCUCCCCCGUUGCCGGGCAACCGCCGCCAUCUUGCCUCCUCCCCCGUUGCCAGGCAACCGGCGCCAUCUUGUCGCCGCCCCGUUGCCAGGCAACCGCUGCCAUCUUGUCGCCGCCCCAUUGCCAGGCAACCGCUGCCAUCUUGUCGCCGCCCCGUUGCCGGGCAACCGCCGCCAUCUUGUCGCCGCCCCGUUGCCGGGCAACCGGCGCCAUCUUGUCACCGCCCCCGCGGCCGUUCCCGCAGCGCGCAUGCCCGCGGGCCGCGCUCCCAUUGGCCGUUUCAAACGGCGGCGGCGCGGGAGCGAUGGCGGCGGCGGAGGAGAGCGCCCCCCGGCGCCUGCAGGUCUUUGCCCGCCUUCGCCCGCCGCCCCCCGGCCAGCAGCUCUGCCUGCGCCCCACGGCGCCACACGGCCUGCAGCUCCUGCAUGGCGCGGGCAGGGAGCCCAGCAACUUCCGGCUGGACGCCGUUUUCGGGCCGCUGUGCCCCACAGCUGCCGUUUAUUCGGGGUCUUUGGGGCCGCUGCUGCCCCAGCUGUUGGCCGGGACGGAGCUCACCCUGCUCUGCUAUGGGGCCAGCGGCGCCGGUGAGUAGGGGGGCACCCUAUAAGUGGGGGUCACCCCAAAGGUGGGGGCACCAUGACUAUGGGGGCACCCUAUAAGUGGGGGUCACCCUAUAAAUGGGGGUCACCCCAAAGAUGGGGGCAGUGCACCUGUGGUUCACCCUAUAAAUGGGCAUCACCCCAAAGGUGGGGGCAGUGCACCUAUGGGAUCAUCCUAUAAGUGGGGGUCACCCUAAAUACGGGGGCACAGCACCUAUGGGGUCACCCUAUAAGUGGGGGCACCCCAAAGAUGGGGGCGG